AUGACGGCGCCAGGAUUCUCAUUCUUUUUCGGGUCUCCUUUAAGCCACAAUAGCGCUGGCGCUCCAAACUACUCGUUCGCUCCCACCGAAGAAGUGUUCUCCGGAGCGCACGUCCCGACCUUUGAACAAUGGCGACAUAUGAGGCAUCAAACACUGCAAAGUGCAUAUGAAUCAAGCAAAAAUAGAUUUCAGGUUAAUAUAAUGUUAAAGCAUUUUGCCCCUGACGAGCUCUCUGUGAAGACCUCGGAUGGCUUCGUCUUUAUUAUAAUGAAGCAUGAAGAUAAGGAAGAUGGUAAUUGUGAGUGGGGGUCUUGUGAGAUCAUAAGGAAGUACCAGUUGCCUGAAGGUUGUGUCGCUGAGGAUGUGCAGUGCCGGGUGUCUCCUGAUGGGCUUCUGACCGUAUUUGUACCUUCCGUGCUCAAUCAAAAAUCCAAAGAACGCGAGGUGCCAAUCAUCUUAACAGAUCCCUUGAGAACUCGCUCCAGGACACGAGUCGGUGUUAAGGAAGCACAUCAGAAGCCCGAGAGUGCUGAUGAAGAAGCUUCUGAGGAAACAUCAGUAAAAAACUAG